CAUGAGUCAAGCAGCCAUCGUCACAGUCAAUAAUCCGGAAGCUCAUUUUAGAAAUGUUUCGUCGGCGCGUUCUGGUUAAAUGUGAAUUAUUUGUCUUCGUUUGUGAUGGUCAGGCAGUGUGAUGGAGUCUGAACGCACAACGGCAUAUGGCAUCUCAAAUGUAGAUUUUACACAAAGUACUGACGAUGACCCUCUGAUCGACGGGCCGUUGCUUUCCCAAGAUGCACUUGAGUCCGCGAUUAAGAGAGAGUUUCAGAAGUUACCCACUCAUUGGGCAGUGGGGGUGCUUUCAUUUCUAAACGUGGUGUAUGUGGCUUUGUGUGUUGUAAUCACUGUGUUUUGUUGGAUAUCUGAUGAGCAUUCGGCUCAGUGCACUGCAGCGCUGCAGGGGAUCGACUCCAAGACUCUGGUGCUGCUGGGAAAAGUUGUAUUGUGGCUGCUCGUUUUUAUAUACUACAGAUUCGUCCAACAUCAUCAUAGCGCUGUGAGACGGAGAGGUUACCUGGAAUUCUACAGGGUGACCAGAGGAAUGAAAAGUCUUCCUUUACUCAUUCACUCUGCAGGCAACGCAGCCAUGCUGGCUGUCAUCGCUCCAUCCUCUCUGCUGGAUGCAAAUGUGAAGAAUCUCUCUGUGUAUCUCCUACUGACCAUCGUCUGUCUGGAGCUUCUGCUGUCUGUUAUAUGUCUGAUGAGAUACAUAGUGCAAGUGGUGAGGUUUAACAGCAAGAAGCCGCGUCCUGAUGUAAAUGAAGAGGAGCGAUCUCACGGCUGCUCCAAUGAUGUGCAUACAGAGACAGGAUUCAGGGACGGCUCCAGUCUGGAGGAAGUGGUGGAAAAGCAGGCGGACCUGAUUGAUUAUCUCAAACAGCACAACACUCUUCUGAGUAAGCGAAUCCUCACCCUCAGCGCCCAGCAGAUCCGAGAGUGACGCGUGCAAACAGAAAGGGUGACUCAGGGGUUUUCGCAGAUAUGACGGGCUCUGAAGUGUUGUUGCGUGCGAGCGUGCGUUUAUCUUGACUGGCAUCGGCAGCCGUCGCUCACUGAUCAGAAGGCUUUUGGUGGGAGACGAACCCCGGUAACCUCUGUAACGGUCGCGCGUUUCCAUGACAACAAGUCUGACUAUACAAUGGACGCAAUUAGGAAGUCAAAAAACUCUCCUGAAGAAAUGUUCACUAAGGAUGCUCAUUAUAAGCUCUUGGGAUAGCAGGAUCCUGUUACCCAGCCAAAAGCUUUAUCAUGUAACUGAUGUUUUUCUGUGUGUGGAUGUAAAGUAAAUUAGGGGGAAUCUCAAUGACAAAAAGUAUCACACCCUAAUUUACAGGAAUGAGUUUAAGGGAAAAGCAGGGUGCUGCAGUAAUAUUUUUUGUCAAGUCAUUUGUUUCUUGGCUUGGUGGAUCAAUGCUGCUACUGUGUGUAAAGCUUGAUCAAGGGGUGUUUGUGUUUAAGUGAUUCUCAGAAUGUUAUGUGACAUACUGACCUUUUAGUUCUUACGUUUGAUAACACAUGGACCGCUGUCUUUUUAUGUAAAUUAAUACAAAUAAAUGAUUCAAACUUUC